AUGUCCUCAAAAAAGAAAACUCCUCGUACAUUAGGCAAAAUUAAGGGGAAGGGAAAAAUUCUCGUGCCUAAAUGGAAACUCUUUCGCGCCAAGGAGCCUCUGCUAUCGGUAUUUAUGUGGGGAGUUAAUCACACGAUCGGACAACUGGAACACGUUCCACCUCCAGGGCUACUCAUGCCGGAUGAUUUUAAGGCAUAUGCCAAAGUAAAAAUCGACAAUCACUAUUUCAACAAAGACAUUAUGCCAAGCCACUACAAGGUGAAAGAGUACUGCCCGAAUGUGUUCCGUAACCUCCGCGAGCAAUUCGGCGUUGAUUCAACUGAAUAUCUUCGCUCCCUGACCCUUUAUGAGCCAGAGCCAGACCAGCUUGAUGGCUCAAAGACUGGUGCUCCUCCUAGGCUCUUCGUUUCGUUUGAUAAGAAAUUCGUUAUAAAGUCGAUGGAUUCUGAAGCGGUUGCAGAAUUGCAUUCGGUUUUACGAGAUUAUCACGAAUAUGUCGUGGAAAAGCAAGGAAAAACAUUAUUACCUCAGUACUUAGCUCUGUACAGGCUUACAAUCGAUGGCUCUGAGACUUACCUGAUUGUUAUGCGAAAUGUGUUCGGACGAAAGUACAAUGUGCACACUAAAUUCGAUCUGAAGGGUUCCACGGUAUCGCGUGCGGCUUCUGAGAAGGAGAAGGCCAAAGAAGUGCCUACGUUGAAAGAUAACGAUUUCCUGGAGAUGAAUGAAAAACUGAGCCUUCCUGAUGAGACGCGUCACCAGUUGUUGGACAUGUUGGCUUCUGAUACUGCUUGGCUGUCAAAAAUGCAUCUUAUGGACUACUCCCUACUUUUGGGCAUUCAUGACUGUGAACGUGCAGCAGAAGAGCUGGCGAAACGACCUGUAGAGCAUGUUAGUGAAGAAUCGGGUGAUGAGCUGUGUCCUACGCCACCAGAAUCACCAAUUCCUUCUACGGGAGCCUUUCCGCCCCUGUCCGGUGGACCUGAUCUGGAUGAUGAAUACUAUGCUAUUGCUAGUCAUCCAGAUUCUCCCAAGAAAUUGAUUUACUUCAUUGGACUUGUGGACAUUCUCACUUAUUAUGGUGUUAAGAAGCGUACAGCCACAGCAGCGAAAACGGUCAAAUAUGGGUCAGACGCUGAAAAUAUCAGUACUGUCAAGCCGGACCAGUAUGCUCGGCGUUUAGUGGAUUUCAUUACUCGAGCAGUGACUCCAUAA